AUGUCUGGAACUCAACGGAACUCCUAUCCAGAUGAAUAUGACCCACUUCUCAACUCAAGAGUAUGUUUUCAUUUUAUUGUAUUGAUAAAUGAUGUUAUGCCUAGACAUGCUCGAAAAAGGAGUGAAUUGAAUUAUGAAAACCCGAAAACUCUACAAAUUCAAAAGAGGAGACUCCCUUACGACCAAGAAUCAGAGUACAAUGCUCAAAGAAUUUGUAAUAUCUUGAGAAUUCUUGCGAUUAUCUUAGUAAUUUGUACUUUCCUUGUAUUACAUAAAAGUAAAGGGUCAGAAGGAUACAUAAUCUACAAUGCAAACAUUUACACGGCAGACGAGCAAUAUCCGAAAAUUGAGUCGUUCGUAGUGUUGGAUGGAAAAUUCGUAGAUAUCGGUACUAAAUUUGAUUUAAUGAAAAAAUGGACAAACGUUCAAUACAUCGAUUUACAAGGACGAACUGUUGUGCCAGGAUUGAUUGAUGCUCAUGCGCAUUUAAUGCAACUAGGAGACAUGAUGAAUUCGGUAGACCUUAGUGGUACAAAAUCCAUCGACGAGGUGCGCGAAAGAAUUCGUGCCUAUAUCUCCAUGCAUCGUGAUAAAAACGAAUGGAUUACAGGUUGGGGAUGGGAUCAAACGCAGUGGUCAUCAAAAUUAUUUCCUACUUUUAAAGAUCUAGAUUCGGAUCCAGAACUUGCUCAGUAUCCAAUUGCGCUAACACGUAUUGAUGGACAUGCACUCUGGGUAAACGAGAGAAUAUUAAAUAUCUUGAGAAAAGACAAAAUCCCGGAUAAGGUUGAUGGCGGAGAGAUUGGCAAGGAAAAAGGAACGAACCAGUUAACGGGGAUUUUCAUAGAUAAUGCAAUGGAAUUAGUUUUUGAGAAAAAACCGUUAAUAACUGAAGAGCAGUCAUUAAUGCGGAUCCGAACAGCCAUAUCUCGCAUGAAUUUUCAUGGACUUACAGGAAUUCAUGACGCUGGCGUCACCCCGGAUACUCUUGAUCUUUACAAAAAAAUAAUUAAAACGGACCCAGAAGAAUUCAACAUUAGGAACUACGCAAUGAUCGAUUGUCAACGGAACUCUUAUUGUGGUGAGAAAGUUGAACGAAUCGAAAGAUUGGGUGAAGGGAGAUUGACAGUAAGGAGUGUAAAACUAUUUAUGGAUGGAGCACUAGGAAGUUGGGGAGCUG